AUGCACCCGAUUCCCAUCCUACCGGCAUGGCUUCUCGAGCUGGUCCGUGACGUCAUCAACAAGCAGUCCACCUACACGAACCCGCUAGCCAAAAAGGGGUUUGUGGUGUACAGAAGCGAAGAAGACAUGAACAUAAAAGCUACACCUCUACUACGUAUUCUAGGUUUCUGCAAAGCACACAAUGACGGGAGGCUUACGGCGAUUCUCCACGAUGCCAGUCACAAAGUGCUUGUUUGUUUUAGCAGGGAGAGUCUCAUAAAGUACGAAAACAAGCAUUUGGAGAGACUCACGUACAUGUCGAUCAACUCCAUCCUCCUCAUCAAAGAAGCCAAUCUCCGGUUCAUCACGAUAACACAGCUUCCGCAGCUUUUUGGAUCCGUGCCUGGCCUUAAGCUCAAGCCCGGUUUGGGCAUUCUCGUGCUAGAGGUGACGAUUGUGGACUCCUUCACGAAACAGCAGCUUCGGGUUCCACCCAAGGACGAUGAUGCGGUUCCGUUUUUGUACAGUGAUCCCGAGUACUUGGAGCUUUGUAUGGAGGAGGGGGAUGUGCUGGGCUUGGAGGCGUCCCGGCGGUACUUGUGUGGGGAUAUGGUAUCUGAUGAGGAGGAGUUGGGGACUUAG